AUGAUUUCUGCUGUUCCUGCCGUACAAUUCCGUUGCUUAUGCUCCCAGAAAAAGGAGGUCGCAGUGGAGAUGAACGUGAAUUUUACAGCCUGUCGAAAAGGAAGGUCGCCAAGAGGUUAUCAGUCCCUGAGGCGAAGGGCAGAUUUUGGCAUCUCUCCCGAGGAUCCAUUUGUUGUCGAGCGUCCAUUUAUUACAAAAGCAGUUCUGUCAGCCAAUCCAUCUCACACAUCGGACUUUGCCUUGAUGGUGAUUCACAGUGGCGAUGUUAAUUACUACAAUGGAAAGUUUUACGCGGUCGAUUGUGCCUACCAAGUUCGGGUUUGGGAUGAAUUGGCAUCUGAUCUUAAGUUUGCCCAACCGCUGUUAAGUCUGGAUGAACGAUUGCUUAUGGGUGGAGUACCAUUUUUAGUGGUGUCAUCAUUAGGCGAGUUACUGGUUCUUGGCCGACAGGAUUUUACUUACGAGGAUGUGGAGGAGGACUCGUUUCCAAUCAAGGAUUUGUGUACUGCUUUUGCUGUUGUCAGAUUGGAUGUGAUGAAUCGCAACUGGGAGGAGAUUAGUAGGUUGGAUAAUGAUGCUAUUUUCGUUGGCCGUAGUCCUGCUGUUUCCAUUGCGGGCUUCUGCCUUCCCAGGUUGGUAAGACGAGAAUUUACGAUCUUGAAGAUGCAAGCUUUGUUUAAGGAUAUCGGGGAUUUACUAGGUAACUUCUACUGUUUGUGGUACUAA